UCACUCAAUUAGCUGAGUUGUAACCCAGUGUUUUUAUUGGUUCACUGAAACGCGAAUGGUUAAGACACGGCUGCUGCGCUGCUUCAGGGUGGAGGCGCGUCACUCGUGAAAGGAAGAUGCAUGCGUUUAACUGGAGGGCUUUAGACAACUUCCCUGUACUGCUGUAUAUUCUAGCGGCCAAGACACUGCUCCUCUGCUUGGGCUUCGCAGCUACAAAGAUGUAUCAGAGCAGGAAAGCAGAGGCAGCUUUGAAGAAGCAACAGGAGCAGAAGAGACUGGCAGCAGCGGCAGAGCACAGAGAGAAGGAAGACACUGACAAGAAAGAGGAUUGAGCCCCUGCUGAGGUGGGGGUGCCUUGUGUUGCUGUCACACUAGAGAGCUUCUCUUCAAGGAAGGAGAGAAGAUUGUGAGCCCUGCAGACUGGUUAUGGCAUGGUCUUGCAAUACCACUGCCAGUUAAACUGCUCAGCAUGCUGAUUUCAUAGGCUGACAGAGACGAAUGGCAUUAACAAACUCCCAUGUUUCUCGGUGUUUUUUCAACAGUGACGUUUUUAAUAAAUGUGUUUUGAGUUGUACGUUUCCUUCGAAGGGUGGCUUUUUUUUUUUUUUUAGUUUCUAUUUGGCAUGCUCUCUAUUUUUACAUGGCAGAGGGGGGAAAUCUGACACAAUGUAUGUAGAAGGCUGGGUUCAUUUACAGCUUUGUGUGUGUGUGUGACAGUGUUGCCCCAGAUUGAAAGUGAACUUUCUCAAAUGCUUUGUAGACUGGAUCAGCCUGUGUUCUCGUCUGCUCUGGUAGCAGUGAGGACGAUGCAGAAGAGAGGAAAAGGCUAUGGUAAAAAACGGCUUCAUUAUCUAUAAAAAAAAAAAAAAAAAAAAAAAAAAAGUACAAGACUGCAGUGCAGUUUUGAAUGGAGUGGACACUUGUGUUCUGUAUUGAGUCUGCAGAAAGAAGAAGCUGCAGUUCAGAGAGGAUUCUUCCAGCACCGAUGAGAAAACACAUUCUUUGUCUAAUCCUGACCACCUGCUGGCCAAAUGAUACAAGCUAGAUUGCAUUUCCCUGCAGAUACAAUAUCCCUGAACCUUUUUCACUCUUUGGAAUUCAUAUACCUUUUGGAUUUUGCUUAGUUUUUCUUGUGUGGGAUAUUAAUGUUGGAGGGUAGAGAAUAUUACCCGCUGGUACUACUGGCCCCUGGAUUGUGAGAGUCUGGUACAGUUUUCUUGGGAUGUGUGCUGCAGUGUUUUCUGCACAGCCCUGUAAGUGUACUGUACCUACUGGAUACCAUGCUUUGUUUCCCUCUGAUCCUGCAGUACACAAAGCUGUCUCUGUUUCCAUCACAAUCGUGCAGACAUGCAGGUUACUGUUCUAUCAGUUUUAUGCCAGGAAUAACAUAAUGACUUUCUGACCCAGUAAACUGGGGACAUCGAUUCGCUACUAAAGUUUGAUUGUGAUCAGUCUCAAUCUAUUUUAUCUAGUGUGACAGAGUGAAAUCGCGGUGUGUGUGUGUGCAAGCACAGAGGAAACUCACAGCACAGAAGCAAUGAGGGCAUUGAACUAAAAUGAUGAGAAACACUUUGAUCAAGCAAAUGAAAACACCAUUUUAAUUUUUUUUUUUUUUGGUGUGCUAAAAAGAUGUGAGACUGGAAACCAAGCUUAAGUCUUUUCAGAACAGUGAUCAGAGCCAUUCCGUUGAUUGGUCUUUCCUGUUUCUGGCUGUGGAGUCCUCAGCAAGGCUCUGCUGGUGCCACGCUUGGAGUGAGAUGCCCUUGUUCAAACAGGAGUGCACAUGUAAGGAACUUCUCACUUCACAGAACAGCAUCUCAAACAACAACUGUAUUAAGUGUGAUGUGGGGUGUGGCUAGGAGACAAGGUGGACAGAGGCCCUGCUUCCAAUCAGUUAUGCAGACUGAGGGACCAGGAGGUCACAAUGAUGCAGUGGCAGACCUGCACUUUCUCUAACCCCUGAGAGAAAUGCUGAUUGCUCUGCUACAGUAUAACUGCAUUUGGGUUUUCAUUAAAGGCUGCAAUAUAUUCGCAGGCAUCCUGUUGCUUUACAAAUAUAGACCACUAAAACUAUCCAGGUGUUUUAAAAAGCACACAGUGGGAGCCCAGGUUUACUCCACAGGCAGUACAUUCAGGUGUGGGUAAGUUACUCUGAACACACUGUACCGGGAGCACUGGAUCAUCUUGUUGAUUUUCUAGCCAAUGAACCGCAACAGUAAAGUCUGCAGGUGAAAAGACAGGCUUGCUGUUUCCAGCUGAGCAGUUUCCAGCAAGACAAGACUGAAGAGAUUGUCUUUUUUGGGUCGACGGAAUUCUCCUAGCUGAGGGCGGUGUCAAGUAUUCAUACUGUGUAAGGCACAGGAUCCAAAAAUGCAGUUCUGUUUGUUAGGUAAAUGUUGUCGGGAUUGUUACCAGUAUGAGGCAUCACACUGACUUUCACUGAACACCCCUUUCCUCAGACCAACGGCACCCGAAGAGAAACGCCUGAUGCCAAAGUGAUGGCAGAGAACAGAAUAAACUCCCUGAAGCCAGCCUAGAGCCCUCAAAGACUGCUAAUUAUCUGUAGACUCGUGCUUGAGGACAGGGUGGAGAUGCCCCUGGUUAAUAAACUGCUUGGAUCAUUAACACUGAGGAUUAAGUGUGAGUGUAAUAUUGAAUGAGUUUGUUGGUGUGUGGGGGGGGGGGGAGCCGCUUCUGGAUACACACAUUGUGUGAUGACCUGCGAGGAGCAGGAAGGAGGGUACCCUGACAAGCACAGAUAUUAGGUAUUGGUUUGUAUGAGCCAAUUUGCUUUUCUAGCUCACUGCACAUGCGCAAAGAAGAGACUAAGAGCAGAUGAUGGAAAAAUACCAGCAAUUGACUUGUAUUUGACUUGUGCAAGAACAGUGGAAGAUUACAAAGUGUAGAAUGUGUGCAAAAAUGUUCUGAUUAAAUAAAAGAUACAUAGAUGAAGUGCCGGCACUGAAUGAUGCAGCCCCUGUGGAGAAUGUUCAAGGUUCCUUAUGCAAACUGUUAAUAUGCUAAUAGUGUGUUAGUAAAUUGCGAAUUUACUAACAAAACUGCAUGCUAAUUGGUGAAACAUAUCUUACGGUGUAGUUACUACUGAUUGGUACUAACAAUAUGUAUCCUUAAGGACAUAAUUAUAGAGCAAUUUACUGCACCACAGGUCGUGUGUGAUUGUCUCUCCAGAGCUCUGCUAUGUUCAAUAAACAACUUUAACAAUCUACUCUUGGAUCUGAAUUGUUGUGUUCCAGCUUUUCAGGUCCCUGCAGUAUGUUUUUAUAGCAUCAUCAUGACUUUAAAGAGCAGGACUACCUGCUCCCUAUGAAAGUACAGCAUAUUUCACACUGGGGUUAAUGCUUCGUAAAUCGAUCCCUUUGUCUACAGGUAACCAGACAAUUUUCCUAUUAUGAUGCACAACAGCUCUUAAUGCAGCACUUCCUCGUUACCGCAGGCUGUGGUGCUGCAUUUCCUCUUGGCACAGAAGCGCCCUGCCCAGAAAGCCCCUCUUCUCAGGAAUAAAUAAUGUCUCAUUGUGUCGAUUAGACAAAGUGCCAGGAUCAGUCCACUGUCAGGAACCAGACCAGUAUUUUUGGGAAUAGCACAUAUUAUUGACCAAUAUCGCGCAGCGUUUCUUCCUCUUCAUUGAUCCCACAAGCAGCAGAAUUAAAUGUAGGCUCUUAAAUAAAAAUCUCUUGAUUG